AUGUCGUGUUACAGCAGGUGCAAGUUCAAGACCGGGGACCUGGUGUUUGCCAAACUAAAGGGCUGUACUCACUGGCCAGCCAGGAUAGAGCAAAUGGCCGAAUCCAAUCGGUACCAGGUGUUUUUCUUUGGCACCCACGAGACGGCCUUCCUGGGUCCCAAAUAUCUCUUCCCCUACAAGGAGUCCAAGGAGAAAUUCGGCAAGCCCCUUAAGAGGAGAGGCUUCAACGAGGGUUUGUGGGAGAUUGAGAACAACCCGAUGCUCAAUGCCUACGACCACCAGGGCCAGGAGGAGGAGAAGAACCGCGCCCACCCGUCCAGUGCACAGCCAGAGGAGGAGGACGAGGAGCAGGCAGAGGACGAGGCCCAGCUGUUGGUGGAGGAGCCCGCCGAAAAGGAGGAUAAGGAGCUGUUCAUGAGGGACGCGGGGGACCCACAGGAGGACUCCCCCAAACGGCUCAAGGAGGCCGUCCCCGAUGGCGAUGGCCAUGGCUAUGGCGAGGAGCAGGCAGAGGACUGUGAACGUGAGAGGCCUCGCCUCGUGGAGUGCGGUGCCACGGUGGUGCCCAGCCUCGAACAGGAGCUAGGGUGGGAGGAAGAAGAGGCCCCCUCGAUUCUCCCCAAACCCAGGCAGCGGAGAUGGUGA